CGGUGAUUUUAUUGCUUUUUACAGCCAUGACUUCUAUAAUUUUAGGAAGGCAACCAAAAUGACGAAGAGAAAACAGAAGAAGGCCCAGUCGACAGCCACCAAUAAGGAGACGAAUACUCCAUCCGAUGAUGGUUCUUUCCGUCUGCUUGAGCGUCUUGCCAUCCUAGGUGAUUCUGGUUAUGCUCUGUGUGGAUCCUUUCUCCUCCUGAUGGUGGCCGUAGCGUUCUCAUGGUAUGCAGAUGGGGCUGGUAGUGGCACAGCAAGUACCGGUACAAGUGAGAUCCCGGCCCUUCACAAAAACAAGCAAGUGAACGAGAGAGAUUUUGAGGAGAUGUACGAGCAACUUGGACCCGUUCCUGAGAUGCGGCCACCCGUUGUCUUCUCAAUUGAUGAUGAUUUGGACGAGAUUCAUGCCGCGUACAAGCAGGAGGGUGUUGUGGCAGUUCGUGGAUUGGUGUCUGCAGAUUUAUUGGAGAGACUAGAUGAAGCAAGUAGAGAGUUAAUCACAAAGGAUCCGGGCAGCAAGAAGAAUCAGAGAAAUAAACAGUUCCACACCAUGCAACAAAACCCAAUUUUUCUCAAUGAUUGGACAGCUAAUACAACAAACACCAACGCCAGUGCAACUGACGCAACAAUAAGCAUCUCCCAACAUUCCAAUCCAUUUGUCCAAGUGGCCUUGCUAUCCCAAGUCCCAAAACUAGCCUCUCAGUUAAUGCUCCCCGAGCUGGAAGCAAAUGAGAGCGUAAGAGUGAUCAGAGAUAUUUUCUUGAGCAAAGACAAGGAGGAAUUCAUCUGUGGCUGGCAUGUUGAUGACUUUGGAUUCUGGCCGGCAACAGCAUCAUCCCCUGGCAUCAAUGCCUGGAUUGCCCUAGACGACAUGCCAGCGGUGGGAGGUGGAGGCUUUGCUUUGGCUGUGGGAAGCCAUGCAACCAGCUGGCGAGAUGAAGCGCAAUACGUCACGGGUGCCACCACAUUUUAUCCUGAAGAGGGAUUUCAAUCAGCAGCGGAUAUGUUUGCCAAUCGAACUGGAAGUGGCACUUGCAACAUCCAAACAGCGGCACCUCAUCUCUACAGAAGAAUGGAAGAAACCAAGAGAAUCUGGGACCUCAAGCGGGGUGACAUCAUUUUCCAUCAACGUUGGCUAUUCCACAGAACUGUGGCCUUUGAGAGGGACUAUGUAACUGGAGAGAAUGAGAACUUGGUUUAUCGAAGAUAUUCUGUUCGCUAUGCACCUGGAUCUGCAAUCAUUCCUCCCGGAUUUGGUACCGAGCUCAGCGUAUUGUGGGACCCUUCAAACGCCAACCGAACCGCAGAUGCGGUCAGCAAAUUGGACGGUCCAUGGUACCCACAGGUGUGGCCCUCGGCAAACGAUGGAGAACUGGAGGGCCUACAAGAUCUGAUAGACAAGAAGGUUCCCAUAGCGCAAGAACGGAAACUAGCGAGACAAAAGGAGAUGCAACCAUUUCUGAAGCAAGCGGCUAGAGAAACCCAGAGUAGACAACGAAAAUAGUGAUGAACUUUGCGAACUUCAUAGUCUUAUUAGCUAACAGUGGACUUAUCCACGCUCCACCACCUCUUCAUGCAAUACGACCCAUGUACUGCUCAGCCAACAGCUGUAUCUCGCUAUCGUUACAAAGAGAUUUGACAUUCAAGAUACGUCGUGCGUCUCUCAUCUUUGCCGCCUCUUCCAACGCUGGCUUCCACAGCUCUGCCUCGCACAGCAAGUCAUACCGUUCUUCUGGAAAAGUAACACGAUCGAUGUAGCGCAUAAUCUCGCUGACGCUCUGUUUCCCCUUGAUAACAACACGAGCAAACGGUUUGUAUCCAACCGGUGACUUAGCCUUGGAGUCUGAGAGAAGACGAAGAUUGGACCAUUGCUUGCUGUCGGCAAAGGCCUUGAUCUUGAUGUGCCAAACUCGCUUCUCGGGUAUCCUAAACUUCUUCGCAAUUUUGUCGGCAUCUGCCAGAAGGCGGUGCUGUUCACGUUGGUU